UAAUUCUCAACGACCCUGAUGCGGACGCUAACCUGAAUAUGUUCUAGCUUAUUUGGAUUGCGGCUCUUGCCAUACCUACUCAACCUCAAUACACUAUCAAAAUUACCACCAUCUAACCUCCAUCCAAUCCUCCGGUACAUUUCCAAUCGUAUCCCACAGUACAACAUCACAAUGUCUUGGUUAGGAAAGAAGUUCCCUGCGCCUAUCGGUAUGUUAAACCCUUUAAUCGAAGGCCGUGAAAAGCUUUCGUUCCGUACUUUUCCGAUGUUGAAGGAAUGUUUACUGAUGAGAUUGUGUUUUUAGCAAAGCCAAUGGCUCCUUUCUUCGUUGCAGGUAUGUUAUUUUGAGAGUGGUUCAGCUCAAAGAUGUGACGGAUUGCAACUUUUGAAAGCUUUUGGGCCUAGGAAACUAGGGUUAAAACCUUCGGGCUAAUUAGUUGGGACUUAGGUGUCGUCAUUAUGUACGGAAUCAACUCUGCUGCCAACGCCAUGGCAAACAGUACGUCUAACCCAUUACUUGAUUGCGGACAUGGACCACGAAGCUUGAUGUAAAAAGAUACUGAUUAGAUUGACUAUGACAGGCGAGGAGUUCAAGAACGAUCCUAGAAACCCAAACGCAAAGACCCCAAAGCCAGCCGAUAAACACUAAAUGGGGGGAGGAUAUGGUGGAGGAGGCAUGAUCGUCGGAAAUCCCAUAGAUUGAACCUUUGUUGAAAGAUUGGUUUGGAGGAGUAUGGAUUCCCAUGAUGGAUGUGUAAAUUUAGAGAAAAUAAGAUCAUCCGGGUGUCAAGGAAAACAUGUAUAAUGAUGCAAGUGUGGGCAGACUAUUAUACACAAGUUUGUCAUCCUUUUGAGCAUUACUUCAUGUCAAAAAAUUGCAAUCAGUGGG